GAUUACACCUUGACACCUAAGGCCAGAGAUUGGAGAGAGAAAGAAGCAGCUGAGUGGAGCAAGAAAGAAGAGGUCAUGGCGGUGUAGUCUAUCAGCUGAGUGGGAAAGAGUGGAGCAAUGGUGGGGGGCUGUGCCAGCGGCGACGGCGCCGCCGAAGGGACGCUCGCGAGGUGGCGGAGGGCGGCGGCCAAGCGGAUCGGCCUCUCAUGCGCCUCCUUCUUCUCCUACGCCGCCUCUCCCUCCCCGCCUCCUUCCAAGAUCAUCUCCCACUCCGCACUGAAUGCGCCUGAUGGAGAGCAGCAAAAGAUGGAGGAACCCACCAGCACCAGAGUGGCUGACAAGAAUCUAUGUGCAAUAUGUUUGGAACUCCUCAGCACGAGCAUCAGCAGCGAUGUUGACAGUGGUGAGGCGGCAGCAAUCUACACAGCGCAGUGCUCCCACUCAUUCCACUUCCUAUGCAUCGCCUCCAACAUCCGGCAUGGCAACGUCAGCUGCCCUAUCUGCCGUGCACAAUGGUCUGAGCUACCACGUGACCUGAAGGUUCCACCAUUGCUGCACAACCAGUCAGACCCAAUCCUUCGCAUCCUGGACGACAACAUUGCGUCAUCCCGUGUGAACCGAAGGUCCUCCAUCCGUGCUGCUCGCUACAACGAUGAUGACCCGGUAGAGCCUUUCACCUUGGCUGAGCAUGUGGAUCCAUGUCUCCGCUUUGUCCUCAUCCCGGCACCGGUGUCAGCUCACCAUCACGUCCUCGGGCAUUACCCCUGUGGACGCAUGUUGCCACUGCAACAGCCAUGCCAGUACAGCGGCUCCUCCAUGCUUUCACCACCGCAGAUUGCUUCGCCAAGUGGUCAAAGGCGAGCCUACCUCUCUGUCAGUCUUGCUCCACAGCCAGCCAUGGACCUGGUCCUGGUUGCCAGCCCUAACGGACCACAUCUGAGGCUCUUGAAGCAGGCAAUGGCGCUUGUUGUCUUCUCCAUGAGGGCAAUUGACCGGUUAGCCAUCGUCACGAAUGCCACCACUGCAACCCGUGCUUUCCCCUUGCGCCGGAUGACGUCCCAUGCAAAAAGAAUGGCGCUGCAGGUUAUCGAACACCUUUGCUGUGUUGGUGGGACUGAUCCAGUAGGGGCUCUGCACAAGGGCCUCAAGAUAUUGGAGGACCGGGCGCAUCGGAACCCGAGCAACUGCAUCCUUCACUUGUCUGAUCAUCCAGUCCGCAACUGUGUUGGUGGUGUGGACAUGAACCACUCCAGCAUCCCAGUCCACCAGUUCCAUGUCGGGCUCGGGUUCGGUGUGCGGAGUGGAUUUAUCAUGCAUGAGUUUGAGGAGCUCCUCGCGCGGUUGCUUGGCGGCGUGAUAGGCGACACCCAGCUGAGGAUAGGGGAGCAUGGCGGAAUGGUCAGGCUUGGAGAGCUGAGGGGUGGUGAGGAGCGGAGGAUACCGCUCGACCUUGCGGCAGAUUGUGGCUUCAUACUCGUUGGUUACAGUUACCUGGAGGGUGGAAGAGAGGAGCAGCUGAGGACAGGUGAGAUCGCCGUCGGGUUCGAAGAGAAAGGUGACAACGGGUACUGUGGAAUGAGAGAGAUGGGGCUGAGCAUUGGCGGCGAGAGGAGGAGCUGCUGCGCCGAGAGGCGGGACUACCAUGACCCGUUCAUGGCACGGCGAUGGGCGAAGCAUUUCAACGUGUACAGGGCCUGAGUAGAAGAGCUUGAUCGUCAGCUGCUGCGAAAUAUGAGUCUUGUUGGUUUCUUUUCUCUCUUUUUUUCCCCAUUCCUGCAAGCAUCUAGGUUUGGUGUCUGCUUUUUGGCUUCUUUUGUUGUGGAUCUGAAUCCCUGUAAGAUCUCUCUCUCUUUCUCUUUUUGCAUGAAAUGUGUGGGUUCUGUCUGACAAAAUCUGCUUGUGUUGUGUGAAUCUGAACGUGAACAGAUCAUACUGGAGAAAAAAAAGCAGCAAAACUAGAAAUAUUAUUUGAUUGAGCUUGCAAAUUUGGAAGCCAGGGAGUUAAAGAAUUAUUCUUUCGAAGUUGU